UCGGCGAGAUAUCUUUGUGCUCGUCGGAUGCGGCCAUCUUGCCACAGCGUUGACCGCUUUGCAGCUUGGGGCGCUGCUACGAGAAGGCGUCCUACAUCGCGCUGGUUAUGUCAAUACCAAACUCAAACUCAACAAAUAGAUCGGAGCGAGCUAUAAAUAGCCCGUUGAUGACAAAAGGGCAAGAUGGCGGGUCGCACCGGCCAACUCGGCGACCGACUAUUCACAAAUUUGGCGGGAAAUGAGCGCAGACCUCAAGUGUCAAUACAAGACGGGCAAGUGCUUCAAGGAGCGGACGCGGAAGCGCAAUGGCGAAGUUCACUCGCUCUGCGAAGAGCACCGGCUCAAGCAGAACACGAUCCAGCGCCGGAGCGACCGCAAGUACCAGUCGGUGCACGCUGUUCGACGGAAGGAGCGGUCCGAGCGAAAAGCGCUGCUAAAGAAGCAGGUCGCGAUUGCGCAGCAGUUGCUCAACCCGACGCUGCAUGUGCUCAACCCGCUGAGUCUCGUGCCCAUGGCUCUCUCGACGGCGCCAGUGUUGCCGUCGUACCCACUCGCCUUUAGCAGUCCUCUCUGCACCAAGCCUAGCGAUGAUAGCAACAUCUCUCCUGUGCUUAGCGAGAUGUCCGGGCUCUUGCGCGGCAACAAGAUUGUGACCAAGUCCUUCGAGUGGGCAGACGCGGUGGCACCGAGCAGUAAAUUGCCGGCUCCAGCGCACAUCGUUCGACGCGACGUGUUUGCCAGCGCGCCGACCGAGACGCCACCCAACGAUGCGUGGACGGACGACGACGUGCAGUUGUUGCAGUCGAUCUUGCUCGUCUAGUACACUGUCGUGUGUAUAUCUUUAGUAAUACACAGUGCGUUAUUUACCAACGAUUUCACCUCAAAUCUAGAAGCUCGCAUACCUCAACCC